UAUUUAAAAAAAGAAAAAGAAAAAGGAAAUCGAAAGAGAACAGGAAGCGAUAGUAAUAGUCUCUUCUUUUCUAUCCAGAACUGAGAUUUUGUUUUGAAGCCAUUCUCUGAUCAGUAGCUGGAGCAAUCGAAAUCUUACAAGAAUGGCUAUAAAAUCUCAAUUAAUUACAGGAUUGACCUUGCCAGUGCCACCGCCUCCACCACAUGCCUCCACUUCUUCGUCAUCAAACUGUAACAGCAGCAGCAGCAGCGGCAACACUCUCUCUAUGGUUAAGCCACCGUAUCUCACCACCUCCUUUUUUAAUGGCGGAGUUAAAGCUCUAAAAGUUACUAGGACAAGGACCAGUAGAUCCCAUUGUUUUGCACAUGGUGGAGGUGGUCUUGGCACUCGAAUGAACCUUUUUGAUCGGUUUUCUAGAGUUGUCAAGUCAUAUGCAAAUGCAAUCUUGAGUAGUUUUGAAGACCCAGAGAAAAUUCUAGAUCAGACAGUACUUGAAAUGAAUGAUGACUUGACAAAAAUGCGUCAGGCUACAGCACAAGUUUUGGCAUCUCAAAAACGUUUGGAGAAUAAAUACAAAGCUGCAGAACAAGCUUCUGAGGAUUGGUAUCGUAAAGCACAACUUGCUCUUCAGAAAGGAGAGGAAGAUCUUGCACGUGAAGCUCUUAAGAGGCGUAAAUCUUAUGCUGAUAAUGCUAAGUCCUUGAAAUCUCAACUUGAUCAACAGAGAAGUGUUGUUGAUAACCUUGUCUCUAAUACUCGGCUUUUGGAGAGCAAGAUGCAAGAGGCAAAGUCUAAGAAAGAUACCCUGAAAGCACGUGCUCAAUCUGCAAAAACUCAAACCAAAGUGAAUGAGAUGCUGGGUAAUGUCAAUACAAGUAAUGCUCUUUCAGCUUUUGAAAAGAUGGAAGAGAAAGUGAUGGCAAUGGAAUCAGAAGCAGAAGCUUUUGGCCAGUUGGCUACAAAUGAGCUGGAUGGGAAGUUUGCGUUACUUGAGAGCUCAUCAGUCGAUGAUGAUCUUGAGAACCUGAAGAAGGAACUUUCUGGUGGCUCGAAGAAAGGAGAACUGCCGCCUGGUAGAACAGUUGUGACCAGCUUUCGAGAUCCUGAGAUCGAGAUGGAGCUGAAUGAAUUGAGACAAAAGAGAAAGGAUUUCUAAAGUGUUAUAAUCUGUACUUCCAAGUUCCAAGUACAGAGUUGGAAUAGGUCUUUUGCCAAGAAAUUAACUUUGUAGAGAUAAAAGGCCAAAUCGACAGCCAUUGUAUAGUUAUACCAGACUCGAAUGACCUAGAAAUGUUUUAUUUUUUUCCCCAGUUUGGAAUGGGUAUGAAGCCACACGCCAAUCCGCCACCUUGUAAUUGUAAUUAUGCAUUAUUUGCAGCAAACUUUAUGAUUUCGGAUUGUAGUUCCAACAUCGAAUAUGAGUUUGACAUUAUUAUAAUAUUUUGGCCGUUUAAAUA